AUGGCGUCUGCCGUGUUAGCGAGACAGAAGGAGACGAGCUGGGGCCCCAUGGGGAAGAACCCGUACUCAAAUUUACCCCUGAAUGCAAACCCUAAUCCUAACCCCAAGAAAAAGCAGAAGAAAUUCCACCACGCCGCCGCGAACGAAAUCAUCUCCGGACGAUUCCAAGCCAACGGCAAUAACCACCACAACCUCGAAUCUCCGGCGGUGACGCAGACGGCGUCCGACGAUGCCUAUUCCUUCAACCAGACGACAACCAGCAGGAAAGCAGCUAAUUACGGGGGCUACAUGACCUUCAAUUUAGCCUCGUAUACGAAGUCUGACCUCGUGGAGCUCCGCAAGCGGCUGUCGUCAGAGCUCAGUCAGAUCCGUGAUUUACGAGAUCGGAUUGAUUCUGGCCAAAUCAGCAUUAUGGAGAACCCUAGAUCCCAGGUGAAAUCAAAGAAAUUUUCCGGAAACAAGAGACCUGGCGCAGUUGUUGCAUUCAUGCCCAAAAAAUUGCCCAAUGGAUAUGACAGUGGCAGUAUGGACCCUGCUGAUUGUGAAAUGAUGUUAAAGGAAUGCGGCAAGAUUGUCACCAAAUUAUUAAAGCACAAGUUUGGGUAUGUUUUCAAGGCUCCUGUUGAUGUUGUGGCCUUUGGGCUUCAUGAUUAUCACCUGAUUGUGAAACAACCAAUGGAUCUUGGCACAGUGAAAGCAAAUCUUGCCAAGAAUCGCUAUCUGAAUCCCUUGGAGUUUGCAGCUGAUGUGCGGCUGACUUUUAAUAAUGCAUUGCUUUACAACCCCAAGAGUGAUCCUGUUAAUGGGAUGGCGGAGCAGUUGUUGGCCAAAUUUGAGGAGCUGUUUAGGCCAAUACAAGAUAAGAUUGAUAAUUAUUUGGAGCAGCAGAGGGAGAUGGUGGCUUGCGAGUUUCGAGCAUAUGACGAGUUGCACUAUAGGGGUAUUGAUGAAUUGCAAGGGAGCUCAUGGAAUAACCAUGCGAAACAGUUCAUGCCUUCCCCACCCAGAGAGAAGACUAAGCCUAAAGCUAGUCCUGUUCCAGUUGAUUCGAAUCCUCCUCCUAUGAUCCAGCAGCCUCCUCCUAUGAUGCAGGAGUUGUUUCCUCCUUCUCCCAUGGGACUUCCUUCUAUGCCGCCCAACAGAGAGCUGAAAGCUGGGAGGAGUGGUGCACCAAAGCUGCCUAAGCCUAAAGCUAAGGAUGAGAAUAAACGAGACAUGAGCAUGGAGGAGAAGCAGAAGCUAGGUAUUGGACUGCAGAGCUUGCCUCAAGAGAAAAUGCCACAGUUGGUGCACAUCAUAAAGAAGAGGAAUAAGCACUUGGCCCAGGACGGGGACGAAAUAGAGCUUGACAUUGAGGCCCUUGACAAGGAAACUCUUUGGGAGCUCGACCGUUUUGUCACCAACUGGAAGAAGAUGGUGAGCAAGUCCAAGCGGCAGGCGUUGAUGAACAACACUCAACCAGGUGGGGCUGUUGCUCCUGCCAGUCCUGUUGCGGAUGUUGAUAUGGGCGCAAUGAGUGACAAAAAUGAUGAUGACUUGGGAAGAAAAAUGAAAGAUAAUGAUGAUGAGGAUGUGGACAUUGAUGAUGACAUGCCUGCGGCUAGCUUUCCUCCAGUUGAAAUUGAAAGGGAUGAAGGGGCUGGAGGUGUUGGCAUUGAGGAUCACGAUCGUGUAAAUGUAGGUGGCCGGGACCAUGAUCAUGUGGGUGUGCAGGUUCGGGAUAAUGGAGAUGGCCAUGAUAAUGAUGAACGAGGCAAUGCAAGUAGCAGCUCAAGUAGUUCGGGAAGCUCGAGCAGUGAUUCGUCUUCCUCGAGUGAUUCUGAUUCAGGGAGUUCCUCUGGGAGUGACUCAGAUGCAGAUGAUGCUCAGUCUUGA